AUGAGUGCAGUCAAGGCCCAUCUAGGGAGAAAACCUAGCCCACCUCCAAUUCUUCCCAAAUAUUCAAGUUUACAAUCAAAAAGAGAACUUUUCUUCAAAAAUGAAUUACCUUCAGGUAGUGUCAAUAGUGUCAGUGAAACUCCAAUGCCUGUUUGCGCAAGUACACCAUUAAAAGAUCCAGUAAAUAAACGACAUGACAAUGAAUCAACCAGAGGCCACGAAAGUAAUAUUGGAGAAACAUUCGAUCGUUUCAACAAAUUGGAUAGGGAUCGCACAUUGCCUGAAAAAAAAACCAAGGAAAUAGAGAGUUAUGUUGGCUUUGCAAAUCUUCCAAAUCAGGUUUACAGGAAAGCUGUAAAGAAAGGUUUUGACUUCACUCUAAUGGUUGUAGGUGAAUCAGGUUUGGGGAAAUCAACACUUAUCAAUUCCAUGUUCUUGGCUGAUAUUUAUAGUGCUGAUUAUCCUGGUCCUUCACAGAGGAUAAAGAAAACAGUUCAAGUUGAAACAAGCCGUACCCUCCUUAAGGAAAAUGGUGUUAAUUUAACUUUAACAAUUGUAGACACUCCUGGUUUUGGUGAUGCAGUAGAUAAUUCAAAUUGCUGGCAACCUAUUACAGAUUAUAUUGAAUCAAGGUAUGAGGAAUAUUUGAAUGAAGAAUCCAGAGUUAACAGGAAAAGUCAAACUGUGGAUACCAGAGUGCAUUGCUGUUUGUAUUUUAUUGCUCCAUCUGGUCAUGGAUUGAAACCAUUAGAUGUAGAAUUUAUGCAACGACUUCAUGACAAAGUUAAUAUUAUUCCGGUCAUUGCUAAAGCAGACACAAUGACUCCUGAAGAAUGUAGUCAUUUUAAAAAACAGAUUUUGAAUGAGGUGGCUCAGCAUCAAAUAAAAAUAUAUGAUUUUCCUGAUGAAGUUUUACCUCCUACUGCUGUUGGUGCUGCUGGUGCUGGUUCUGGUGCUGGAGCUGUUGAUAGAAAAUUAAGAGAUAGAAUUCCUAUGGCUGUUGUAGGUAGCAAUACAAUUGUAGAGGUUGAUGGAAAAAAAUUACGAGGAAGGAAGUAUCCAUGGGGUGUUGCAGAAGUUGAAAACUUGGAACAUUGUGAUUUUAUUGCUUUAAGAAAUAUGUUGAUAUGUACGCACUUGCAAGAUUUGAAAGAUGUUACAGACAGCGUUCAUUAUGAGAACUACAGAUGUCGAAAACUAGCUGGUCUUGGACAUGACAGUAAACAAACUCGUGCUUCCAACAAGAAUCCUCUUGCUCAAAUGGAAGAGGAAAAGAGGGAACAUGACAUAAAAAUGAAAAAAAUGGAAACUGAAAUGGAGCAAGUUUUUGAAAUGAAAGUAAAAGAAAAAAAGCAAAAACUCAAAGAUUCUGAAGCAGAUUUGCAACGUAGGCAUGAACAAAUGAAAAAAAGUUUAGAACUACAAAUAAAAGAACUUGAAGAAAAAAGAAAAGCUCUAGAAGCAGAAAAAACAGCCUGGGAACAAACAAAUGGUAUUACUAUUGAAGAAUUACGAAGGAGAAGCCUGGAAAGAGAAACUGUAGAUGGAAAGGAGAAAAAAAACAAGAAGAAAGUUUUCUUUCAGUUAGAAGUUAGAAAUGAAUAG